CGGCCAGAGCUGUUUUGGUGCUGCCUGCUGCAACUAGAGCAGAACUCUGAUCACGGAAAGUUUCUUCAUUGAUGGCAUUCUUGGAGAGUUCACUUGGGGGACUUUCUUGGAUUUGUAAGGGGGAGCUUGAUUUGGGUUCUCCUUGCACACAAACAAUCAUCGUAGAUGUCAUAAAUCUGCUAUUCCUUGGGGUCUUCUAUCUUUUUUUGCUUGUGGAUUCUAUCAGAAAACGUCAUGUCAGUAGAAGAAAUAGAAGAGACUGGAUCUUUGUGAUGGUUUCAGUCUGUUGUGCUCUUAUUAGCAUAGCAUACCUUGGUGUUGGAUUAUGGGAUAUAAUAGCCGAAAACGAUAGGUUUAAUCGCUUGGGCUGGUUAGUUUUCCUUGUCAGAGGACUAGUUUGGAUUUCCUUGGCAGUUUCCCUGCUUGUUGCAAAAUCCAAAUGGAAUACAGUUCUCAUUAGUCUAUGGUGGGUGUCUUUUUGUUUAUUGGCUUCAGCUAUAAAUAUUGAAAUUUUAGCUGGAGCACGUAGCAUCCAAGUUCUUGACAUUCUGCCAUGGCCUGUAAACCUUUUGCUUCUAUUUUGUGCUGUUAGAAAUUUCAGUCAUUUUACUACUCAACAACCCUUAGAUGAGAGCAUACGUGAACCUCUAUUAGGAGAAAAGGAGGUAAAGGAUCAAUCAAAACUAGCCCAGGCCAGUUUUCUCAGCAAAUUGACAUUUUCUUGGAUUAAUUCUUUGCUUAAAUUAGGCUACUCAAAACCAUUAAAUCUCCAUGAUAUCCCUUCUUUAGUUCCUGAACAUGAAGCUAAUGUAGCCUACCGUAAGUUUGCUCAUGCAUGGGAUUCCCUUGUUAGAGAAAAGAAUCCAAACAACACUAGGAACUUGGUUCUUUGCACUGUCGCAAAUGUACAUCUCAGAGAAAAUAUAUUUAUAGGUGUAUGUGCUUUGCUUAGGACAAUUGCAGUUGUACUUCAACCCCUCCUGUUAUAUGCUUUUGUAAGUUACUCCAAUCUUGAUGAGCAGAACCUGUACCAUGGUCUUUCUAUUGUAGCAUGUCUAGUUCUUGUAAAGAUAGUUGAGUCCUUUUCUCAAAGGCAUUGCUUUUUCCUGUCAAGACUGUCAGGAAUGAGAAUGAGAUCAGCCUUAAUGGUGGCAGUCUACCAAAAGCAGCUCAAACUUUCAAGUUUGGGAAGAAGAAGGCAUUCAACUGGUGAGAUUGUGAAUUAUAUUGCAGUUGAUGCCUACCGAAUGGGGGAAUUUCCUUGGUGGUUUCAUGUAACAUGGAGUCUUGUAUUGCAACUGUUUCUAUCCGUUGUCAUUCUUUUUGGGAUCGUUGGUCUUGGUGCACUUCUUGGAUUAGUCCCUCUCCUCGUAUGUGGAGUUCUCAAUGUCCCAUUUGCAAGAUUUCUACAAAAAUGUCAAUAUGAAUUUAUGAUUGCUCAGGAUGAACGACUCAGAGCUACUUCUGAGAUUCUGAACAGCAUGAAAAUCAUAAAGUUACAAUCAUGGGAAGACAAGUUCAAGAGCUUUAUUGAAUCCCGUCGAGACAAUGAAUUUAAAUGGUUGGCUGAAGCACAGUUCAAGAAGGCCUACAGUACUCUUUUAUAUUGGUUAUCUCCAACAAUCAUUUCUUCUGUCAUCUUCUUGGGAUGUGCUCUUUUCAGGAGUGCUCCAUUGAAUGCUAGCACCAUUUUCACUGUUCUAGCAACAUUAAGGGGAAUGGCAGAGCCUGUCAGAAAUAUACCUGAGGCUCUUUCUGUUAUGAUCCAAGUCAAGGUGUCCUUUGAUAGAAUCAAUAAUUUUCUACUUGAUGAUGAGCUCAAGAUUGAAAGCUUAAGGACAAUUCCAUCUCACAACUCAGAUACAAGUGUUGGCAUUCAAAGAGGUAAAUUCAGCUGGGAUCCUGAACUAAUGAAACCAACUUUAGGAGAUGUGAACCUGGACGUCAAAUGGGGGCAAAAAUGUGCAAUUUGUGGGCCAGUUGGGGCUGGAAAAUCUUCACUUCUAUUUGCCAUCCUUGGGGAGAUGCCCAAAAUUUCAGGAACUGUUAAUGUGUUUGGAUCCAUUGCCUAUGUUUCUCAAACUUCUUGGAUUCAAAGUGGAACUAUUCGUGAUAACAUACUCUAUGGAAGCACAAUGGACAAGGCUAAAUAUGACAAUGCCAUAAAAGCAUGUGCUUUGGACAAGGACAUAAAUAGUUUCAGCCAUGGAGAUCUCACAGAAAUAGGCCAGAGAGGGCUUAAUCUAAGUGGUGGACAAAAGCAGAGGAUUCAGCUUGCCCGUGCAGUCUACAGUGAUGCUGAUAUCUAUCUCCUUGAUGAUCCUUUUAGUGCAGUAGAUGCACAUACUGCUGCAAUUCUAUUCAAUGACUGUGUCAUGACUGCUCUCAAAAACAAAACUGUCAUACUAGUGACUCACCAAGUGGAAUUUCUCUCAGCAGUGGAUACAAUUAUGGUCAUGGAAGGUGGGCAGAUUACUCAAUCAGGAAGCUAUGAACAGCUCUUGAAGGCUGGGACAGCAUUUGAACAGCUUGUGAAUGCUCAUAAAGAUUCAGUAACCAUAUUGGCACCUUCAAAUGAUCAAAGUAAAAAACAAGUUCUAAAUGUAGAUACGGUUAGGCCAGAUGAUGAGCCUAAUAUGUCUUCUGCCACUAAACAAAACAAUUUAGAGGAGAUUCCUACCAAGGGUGUGCCUGCAGGGCAGCUGACAGAAGAGGAAGAGAAGGAGACUGGAGAUGUUGGAUGGAAGCCAUUCCUUGAUUAUCUUGUCGUCUCAAAGGGAGGACUUUUUGUAUGCCUUUGCAUACUCUCUCAAUCUGGUUUUGUUGUUUUUCAGGCAGCUGCAACUUAUUGGCUGGCAUAUGCCAUCCUAAUUCCUAAAAUGAAUAGUGGCAUUUUGAUUGGAGUUUACACUCUGAUAUCAACACUUAGUGCUGCCUUUGUUUAUUUGAGGUCUUUUUUUGCAGCCCAUCUGGGCUUAAGAGCUUCUAAAUCCUUCUUCUCUGGUUUCACCAAUGCAAUCUUUAAAGCUCCUAUGCUCUUCUUUGAUUCUACCCCAGUUGGAAGGAUUUUGACUCGAGCUUCAUCUGAUUUGAGUGUUUUGGAUUUUGACAUUCCUUUCUCCUUUGUCUUUGUGGUGGCUCCUGUUAUAGAGCUUAUAUCAAUAAUAGGAAUUAUGGCCUCAGUCACAUGGCAGGUUCUCAUUGUAGCCAUUCUUGCCUUAGUAGGUUCAAAAUAUGUUCAGGAUUAUUAUUUAGCCUCUGCAAGGGAAUUGAUAAGGAUCAACGGUACGACAAAAGCCCCUGUUAUGAAUUAUGCAGCUGAGACCUCACUUGGUGUAGUGACAAUAAGAGCUUUCAAAAUGGUGGAUAGGUUCUUCCAAAACUACCUAAAGCUUGUGGACAAGGAUGCUGUGCUUUUCUUCCAUUCUAAUGGGGCCUUGGAAUGGCUAAUUAUGAGAAUAGAGGCAAUGCAGAAUGUGACUUUAUUCUCUGCCUGUCUUCUACUUGUGUUGCUUCCCAAAGGUGUUCUAGCUCCAGGACUUGUGGGACUUUCGUUGUCUUAUGCAUUGUCGCUUACUGGCACCCAAGUUUUCUUGACACGUUGGUAUUGCAACUUAGCCAACUACAUGAUAUCAGUCGAACGGAUCAAGCAGUUCAUGCAUAUUCCACCAGAACCUCCAGCAAUUGUGGAAGACAAAAGGCCUCAAUCUUCCUGGCCCUUCAAGGGUAGGAUAGAGCUUCAAGAGUUGAAGAUAAGAUAUCGUCCAAAUGCUCCACUAGUUCUCAAGGGAAUCAACUGCACAUUCAAGGAAGGGACUAGAGUAGGAGUUGUAGGGAGAACUGGAAGUGGCAAAACCACUCUAAUCAGUGCAUUGUUUCGCUUAGUCGAGCCUGCAAGUGGCCAAAUUCUUAUAGAUGGACUUGACAUAUGUUCCAUUGGUCUCAAGGAUUUGAGGAUGAAGCUCAGUAUCAUCCCUCAGGAGCCAACACUUUUCAGGGGGAGUGUUCGAACGAACUUGGAUCCUUUAGGCCUGUACUCUGACCAUGAAAUAUGGGAGGCUUUAGAAAAGUGUCAGCUUAAGGAAACAAUCAGCAGCCUACCUAACCAAUUGGACUCAUCAGUAAGUGAUGAAGGUGAAAACUGGAGUGCUGGGCAACGCCAACUCUUUUGCCUAGGAAGAGUUCUUCUAAGGAGAAACAGAAUUUUAGUUCUGGAUGAAGCUACUGCAUCCAUUGACUCUGCUACUGAUGCCAUUCUACAAAGAAUCAUCAGAAAACAGUUCUUGGAAUGCACGGUGAUAACAGUGGCGCACAGAGUUCCAACUGUUAUAGACAGUGACAUGGUUAUGGUCCUCUCUUAUGGGAAUUUGUUGGAGUACGAUGAACCUUCAAAGCUGAUGGAGAUUAACUCUAGCUUCUCUAAGCUUGUAGCUGAAUACUGGUCUAGUUGCAGAAAGAACUCUAACAAGAACUUUGCAAUAGAGUUUCCUGAUAUUGUUAACCAAUCAUGAUGAGCACAGAAUAAUUUUUGCUGUAUGGGUAAAAAAACUGUAAUAUUGUUCAAAAGGGUGGACACCCAUUCAGCCUGAUCCUAGAAAGAUACAAGACUUGAUUAGGGUUCCAAGGCUUAGUUUUGCUGCUCGAGGUUUAAAAUUUUAUGAUAUAAGAUCCUUUAAAUUAAUAAUGUAUUAGUCUUUAUAGUAC